UAGGAGUCUUACAGAGGAACGCCAUUGCUGCUGCCUUACAACACCCGUACCAAAAGGUUAGAUACUCGCGCUUGUGUUAGACCAAUAUGUUUUCCUUUAAGAGAAUGUUAAUUCGUUUGUAUAAAUCGUGUGCAUUGUAAAUAUAUUCUUCGACUUAUUACCUCGGUUGUUAGUGAAAGGGAAACAGGGUGGUUCCGUUUUUGGAUUUAUUUUAAUACUAUUUCAUUGAACGAAUGGAACAAAAUUGUAUUUAAAAAAUAAAGUGUUCGAUGUAGAAAACCAAUUAUUUAUUGUGUGUUCGCGAAAUCAAUAACAAUUAACGGAAGAAUUAACUGUUGGAGGACAAAGCGAGAACAAAGUACAUGUUCGUUUACAGUCUUCACAAUUGUUCUAAUAUCGGUUUUGAGGUAAUAAAAAAUAAAAUGACUGGAAUCAUAAAGAAUCACAUAGACUUGGGAGGCGAAUCAAACUUUAAAACUUCAGCAAAUUCACAUUUAACAUCAGUACCACUCUCUGUAACGCCUCAUGUGAUAACCGAUGAAGUAGAUAAUGUUGACUACCGUUUUGAAGAAGCUAGAUUACAAAGCUUUGAAAAUUGGCCUAUAUCAUAUAUUGAACCCAAGAAAUUAGCAGCUGCUGGAUUUUAUUAUACAGGUGAAGGUGAUAAAGUAAGGUGUUUUGAAUGUCAAGUGGAAAUAUGCCAAUGGGUAGAAGGUGAUAACCCUAUGGUUGAUCAUCAACGUUGGUCAGCAAGGUGUAGAUUUAUUCGUAAAAUGCAUUGUGGUAAUGUACCAAUUGGAGUAGAUCCCAGUACAGUUUUACCACCUAGGCCAAGAAGCAGAGAUGUGUGUGGUCCUUAUGGCAUAGAAUAUCGACCUACAUCUGGUCCUGAUAAUCACAAUUUCUCUAGUGAACUACAACUACCUAGCACUGCUAAACUUAGUUGUUUAGGUUUGGGUAGACCUAAAGGACCAGUGCACCCUGAAUAUGCUAGCUAUGAUGCUAGACUUCGUACAUUCGAAACAUGGCCAAAAUCUAUGCCACAGACAAAAGAACAAUUAGCAGAUGCUGGUUUUUAUUAUAUUGGUAAAGGUGACCAAACCUUAUGUUAUCACUGUGGAGGUGGCUUAAAGGAUUGGGAACCAGAAGAUGAUCCAUGGGAACAACAUGCAAAAUGGUUUUCUAAGUGUUAUUAUUUAUUAAUGGUUCAAGGACAAGAUUAUGUAAAUAAAAUAACUGGUCAACAUAUAUCUCCACCAUCUAAAGAAGAAACAAUGCAAAUGAAUUUACCUAGUUUUAUUAAGAAGGUUCAACCAGUCACUGUAGAAACAGAGAAAAAAGAAGAAGUAGAAAGCAAUCCUGGACCAAGUUCCCAAAAUGUUGGUUCACAAGAUAGUGGAAUAGAAAGUAUUGGAAGCCACACAGAAUCUAUAAAAGGAAGCACAGAAGAUUUAUCAAAUUCAAAGACACAAAAUAAUAAACCGAUUGAUGAUGCAAGGAUGUGUAAAAUUUGUUAUAAUGGAGAAUUAGGAGUGGUAUUUCUACCAUGUGGACAUAUAGUUGCUUGUGUUAAGUGUGCUCCUGGAAUGACAACUUGUGCAGUAUGUAGAGAGCCUGUUACUAUGACUGUGCGAGCCUUCUUCUCAUAGUAUUCCGUAGUUCGUGAUAGUUAAUGAUUACAUUUUACAUACUGUUGUGGAUCGAUGGUGAGGAGGCAAGAUAAACACUAGUUUUAGAUAUAUAUGAAUAAGUAUAUUAAUAAUAAAUGUCACUUAAGUUGUAAAUAAUACAUUGAUUCUAAUGUGACCCUUUAUACUUCACAUACAAUUUCUGUUAUAGUGUUCUACACUCAAUCAAAGAGUACUCUUCGACUCGAUCAUCCACGACUGGUAGCGAUAAUUAAUCGCGAACUGCACUAAAUGACAUGACUCAUGUAGUAUACCAGUCUGCGGGUACAAGCUUUAAAAAUUUUACAAAUUUUCGAAACUUUAUGUGAUGUUUAAAUUAUAACAAAAUUAUUUGAAUACGGUUAAUAAUACAAUGAAUAUAUUUAAUAGUCGUAAUAAAACAGAAGAAUCUCCUUCAUGCUUUAAAAUUUGUCCACCUAUGAUCAGUAUUAAAAUAAAAGGAUAUAAAUAUAUUUAAGUAUUUUUACAAAUUAUAUAACAUAUCAUGAAUGUCGGAUUUAUGAGAGAAUUGCUCAUACUGGUCUUCGGUAAAGUUUUCAGAUUAAUUUUAUCUGAAAUUGACAAGAACAGUGUAGUAGUUUCACUCGGUGUAGUUUCUUUCUAAGUAUAAGCUGUACCUGCAACUGAAUGUUGCUAUUUGCAUACUAGUAAAUUUGUGUUGUUUGUAACAUUCAACAAUAAAAAAGAUAACAAAAUAAAUAUGCUUGAUAUAGAGUACAAAUAGCAACAAGACAUGAAGUCUAGUCAUUAAUAUUAUAUAAUGACAAAACAAGUAAAGAUUUACAACUGUAAGUUACAAAAAUUUAAUGAGAGAAUAUUGAUUUUAUAAUUUUAUUAUAAUACUAAUAAAAUCAGUGUCUAUUUUAUUACCUUAGUUUAGUUUGGUCUAAUAUUGUAUUUUAAAUUUAUACAUUCUUUUGUGAAGUAAUAUGCGUAGCAUUUAUGAAAUGUGAUUUUCAGCGUAUGUUCAAGAGUAGUUGUACACGCGCAAAUGAUAAACUGCAUACAAAUUAUUCCGACUAAACUAAUCUAGGGUGCAAUCGCAUAUUUCAUCUAAUAGAGACUUCUAGCAUUCUUAUCAUUUAAAGGAUUUGUUGAUAUUAUAAAAUAUAAUGUGUAUAUUGUGUAUACAGUAUGAUUAAAGACAGGGAAGAGUUAUUUGUUUUAGCGUGUAAAAAGAAAAACGGAAGUAGUAGACAUUCACAUUCACUUAAUGAACGAUGCUGGAAUUUUUCUAGCCACCUGUUUUUGGCUAUGAUUAGCAUUAUUAUAUGUUGUUUCAAUGAAGAAUAGAAUUCGUUAAUGAUUGAUUUGCAUUCUUUGAAUUUAUUGACAAAAUUUAAUAUGUAUUAAAUUAAUUACAUUAAACAAAUAAUUUAAAUGCAGCUUUAUUUCAAAGAUUUUAGAUCAAACAUUGAUUCUAUUUUUCUACUAUAAUUCUACGAUAAUUCGAAUAAAAAAUUUGAAAUAGUUGAAACAUCCUUUUUUUUACUGAUUUUCUAACUAUUAAUGAAUUCAUUUAUUUAUCUAGCGAAUUUGCAUAUAUACAAGAUUUGCUUUCAACAUGUAUUAUGACUGAAAAAUAUGUAAUACAUAUAUCGUACAAUCAUAAGAAGUAUUUGAUGUAGGGUUAAUGGGCUUAGAAACUAGUAAAGUAGAAUGUACUGCGAUUUUGUCCUUUUGCCAAUUAAUAUGUUAACAAAUGAUUGAAACAAUGUUAAUUUGUCUGUUGAAACAUGAGUUGGUCUGAAGUAGUAUGGAAGUUGAACGCAUAAAGUGUAAUUACAUAUAAAUGUACUAUUCUUAAAUGUCUGUAAAUCAUUACAUUUACUUCCAGUGAAAUUGCCAGAUUUGCACAUUAAACAAAAAUAAAGAUUCA